AUGUCCGCCAAGAGAAAGGCAUCAGCGCGGUUCGCGCCCCCCACCGUCAAGUCGGCCAUCAAAGUCCCGACCAAAGCCCGCAUCGACGAGAGCAGGACGGCCGUCUCCUCGACAGACAACAUCCAGGCUUCGGCCCGCAACCAGACGCAAGAGACGAUCGACAUAUCAUCCGACUCGAACAGCGACGACGACGACGACGAAGAGGAUGCCUCGGACGACGGGGCUGGAUCGGACAACCUCAUGAACGGCGUCGAGGCGACGGGCGCCGCUCCCUCAAUAGCAGCAGCAGCCAACAGCACGACACACGCGACAACGACAGACACAGCAGACGCCGGCUCGGAGGACGCCGAGGACGCCACGUCGCCCUCCUUUGGCGAGCUGCUGCGCGGCACAAUCGACGUCCCCGCCAUCCUCUCCCAACAAGCCCUCUCCUCGGCACCGAAAGCCUCCUCCGCCUCCCAAGCCCUGACCGCCGCGCCGACGACGACGACGACGACACUCGCGACGACGACGACGACGCCGCUCGACCCCCCCUCCCUCUCCUCCCUCAGCACAGUCCUCACGCAGGCGCUCCGCACCGAAGACACGGAGCUCCUCGAGUCGUGCCUGCAAAUCACCGACACGCCGUCGAUCCACGCGACCAUUGAGCGGCUCGACUCGGCCCUCGCCGGCGUCCUGCUGACGCGCCUCGCCGCCCGCUUCCACCGCCGCCCCGGCCGCGCCGGCUCCCUCAUGGCUUGGGUCAAGUGGACGCUCGUCGCCCACGGCGGCGCCCUCGCCCUGCAGCCCAAGGUCCUCGACCGCCUCGUCGCCCUGCAAAAGGUCCUCAACGAGCGCGCCCGCGGCCUGCCGAGCCUGCUCGCCCUCAAGGGCAAGCUCGACAUGCUCGACGCCCAGAUGCAGCUGCGCCAGAGCAGGCAGCGCGGCGGCGGCCGCGGUGCCGACGACGAGGAGGACGACGACGACGAAGACGAGGAGGGCGCCAUCUACGUCGAGGGCGAGGAGGCCGAUGUUGACGUUGCCAUUGCCGAGGCCAACGGUGCGCUGCUGGCGCUGGAGGAGGGGGAUGACGAUGUGCCCGGGACGAACGGCUUCGCUGCCGACUCGGACGUUGACGAUGACGAUUCGGACGUCGAGGAGCCCGAGAGCGACGAUGACGGCGAGGAGGUGCUUGAUGAGGAUGAUGUCGACCACCUUGAUGUCGAAGACUCGAUGGAUGAGGAUGAGGACAGCGAUGCCGAGGCCGCGCCGCCCUCGAAGCUGAGGAAGACGGCUCGCUCGUUUGGCAAGAGACGUUGA